AUGGCAAGCAAAGGAGGCGAACAAAUCGAUACCAGCGCUUAGAAUCAACAAAAGAAGAAGGCUUUCAAGAAGAGUACUUAUAGAGGUAUUGAGCUUGAGAAGUUGCUUGAGUUAAGCAUGGACCAGCUAGUCAAGCUUUUCAGAGCUAGACAAAGAAGAAGAUUCGCUCACGGUAUCCAUUAGAGAUACGAUAGACUCCUCAAAAAGCUCAAGAAAGCUAAGAAGGAAACCCCAUACGGUGAGAAACCAAAGGCCGUCAAGACUCACCUCAGAAACUGCAUUGUUGUCCCUGAAAUGGUAGGCUCAAUCGUUGAUGUCUACUCUGGCAAGUACUGGAACAGUGUUGAAGUGAGACCAGACAUGGUUGGUCACUACUUGGGAGAAUUCUCUCUCACUUACAAAACUGUUAAACACGGUAAAGUCGGAGUCGGUGCUACCAGAUCAUCCAAGUUCACUUCCCUUAAAUGA